CGUUGAUUUUAAGCCAUUCCAGUUUAAGCUACACCUCUUUUGAGCAAGGUACUGCAAAAUGGUGUCUUCACUUCUCCACUCCUAUGGAACCAUAAUAACUUUCAAAUUCCAUGAUUCCACAAAACCACUACUGAAACCGGAUGCUUCAACAAUCAACUCUCAACUCUUUCUUCCCGCUCUCAAAUCCUUAUCCUUCUCCUCAUCUCAUCCAUUCACUCUCAAUUAUCAACUCCGAUCUAAAGAGAGACGAUCCUACGUCCCCAACAUAACAUCAAAUAGCAGGAGGUCUCACCUUCUUGCUCCUCUUCAGUCUGGCAUUUCGUCGAACAGUUUCGAUACUGACAAUGCCAGGAGCUUCCGCGAUUGGAUCGAGUGGAUUAGCGAGUUGAUAUCUACUGCAUUUCCCUUGUGGGUGACUUUGGGAUGUCUCCUCGGAUUAGUCAAGCCCCAUUCAUUCAGUUGGGUCACUCCUCGAUGGACCAUUGUCGGCCUUACCAUUACCAUGCUUGGUAUGGGCAUGACUCUCACUCUCGACGAUCUUCGUGGGGCUUUUGCUAUGCCCAAGCAGUUGAUUGCUGGAUUUGUGCUCCAGUACUCUGUGAUGCCAAUAUCAGGGUUUUUGGUAAGCAAGCUUUUAAAUCUGCCAUCUUACUAUGCAGCUGGUCUAAUACUAGUUGGUUGCUGCCCUGGUGGUACUGCAAGUAAUAUUGUAACUUACAUUGCACGUGGAAAUGUGGCGCUUUCGGUAUUGAUGACAGCAGCAAGCACUCUUUCAGCUGUGAUCAUGACUCCAUUCCUCACAGCAAAACUUGCUGGGCAAUAUGUUGCAGUCGAUGCAGCUGGACUACUAAUGUCAACACUGCAGGUUGUGCUUCUUCCUGUAUUGGCUGGAGCACUUCUAAAUCAAUAUUUCGAAAGAAUGGUUAAAUUUGUUUCUCCCUUAAUGGCCCCUAUUGCUGUUGGAACUGUGGCUAUUUUAUGUGGAAAUGCAAUUGCCCAGAGUGCAUCUGCAAUACUCAUGUCUGGUCGGCAAGUAGUGCUAGCUGCUUCUUUUCUUCAUGCAUCUGGAUUUUUCUUCGGGUAUAUACUUGCAAGGACGCUUGGGCUUGACGAAGCAUCAUCACGAACAAUCUCUAUUGAGGUUGGCAUGCAGAACUCGAUUCUCGGAGUCGUUCUUGCUACCCAGCACUUCGGGAAUCCCUUAACUGCAGCACCAUGUGCAGUUUCGAGUGUUUGUCACUCUAUUUUUGGGAGUGUCUUGGGAGGAAUCUGGAGACAAUCUGCACCCAAGCAAAAACAUAAUUGAUUGAUUGAAUUGGGUUUGGUUUGGAGCUGCUGUCAUGUUUAUUACAAGAUGAACAUUUAGUUUUUGUGUAUAUUUGGUCUCUUUUCUCUCAGUAGUGUCUGCAACACAGCUACUUCCUCUAGAUUCAAUCUGGUAUUUGAUCA